CCCGAAAAGGAAAACCCGUGUUCACACCUGGUUGGUUAACAAGAAGAGAUGAAACGGAAGUCUAAAAAGGGAAAGAAACAGAGCCUUUAAAAUCCCUAACUUUCUCUCGGAAUCUGGCCAUUGUUUGCCCCGAAUAUGUUCGGUGGAGGCGAAACCGAGCCACUGGGGCGGAUAGGCAUGAUGGCGUCAUCGAUUUUGAGUUCACAGCAGCCGACCCAGCAGCCGCAGUGGGGGCAGGAGGAGACCCGUGAGUUGAUUGCGAUCCGUGGUGAGCUGGAGAGAGACUUCACGGUGUCGAAGCGUACCAAGGCGCUGUGGGAAGUCGUCAGUGCCGGAAUGAGGGAGAGAGGUUACAUCAGAACUCCUGACCAGUGCAAGUGCAAGUGGAAAAAUUUACUUAGCCGCUACAAGCAGGGGAAGGAGACAUCUGAUCCUGAUGCUGGCCGGCAGUGUCCAUUCUUUGAGGAACUACAUGCAGUAUUCAAUGAAAAACCAAAGAAAACACAACGUAUGCUGCUUGAUUCUGAGGCAGGUUUAGCCCAGGCGAAGAAAAAGAUGAAGAGAGCAUUAAGUGGGGAUAGAUCCUCUGAGGAGUUCUCUGAAUAUGAAGAUGAAGAGGAGGAUGAAAGUGAGGAGGAAAAGCCUUCAAGAAGCCAUUCUCGGAAGAAGAAAGCUGGGAGAACUGUUUUGGACAAGUCCUCUAGAACAGCCACUAGUUUAAUCGCUGGCAGUAGUAAUAGUUCUAGUAUUCAUGAAAUGCUCAAAGAAUUUUUUCAGCAGCAACAAAAGAUGGAGAUGCAAUGGAGGGAGAUGGCGGAAAGGCGAGCACGCGAACGCCAGCUGUUUGAACAGGAUUGGCGACAGUCAAUGGAGAAGCUCGAGAGGGAGAGGUUAAUACUUGAGCAGGCAUGGAGGGAUAAAGAGGAACAACGGAGGAUGAGAGAGGAGAGCCGAGCUGAGAGAAGGGAUGCCUUGUUAACCACUCUCUUGAACAAACUCAUAAAUGAUAACAACCAUUGAGAGUCUAAGGUAGAAGGCUGAUUUGUAGUUGGUUGUGAAGAAAAAAACAUUACGGAUAAAUGUUAUUAAAAAUAGAAAACAAGAAAGAAGAAUCAUACACAGGAAGCAAAUGUCAAGUUGGGUGUUUCAUUGAUAUACAUAGAUAUACUGUGUUAUGAAAUUUGAUUGUAUAAACAGUUGGGUGACAUUCUUUCUCAAAAACAAGGAGAGAUGUCAUAUUCUUCUGUUGCAACUCAUAGCAAUGAGGGCAUCAUGGUUAUUUUCUCUUCUGAGUGUUACAGAUGAAUUGAGAAUA